AUGCUCGCCGCCGCCUUUGCGCAAGCGCGUACUCCCAGACUCUAUCUGCAAUGCCGCCAUAAGUCGACCCUAUCGGCUAUCAAUCGUACCCUCGACCAGUCCAUCCGGAGAGACCGUCGCAAAGCCCUCGAUGAUCUGAGCAGACUCAAAGACGAUCGUGGGGAANACUUCCCAUGGCAGGACCGCGACAAUCGCUCCAGGUCAAACGACUACAGCGACCGUCCAAGAUCAAGCGACUACGGACGCAAUAGAUCUACCGACUACGAGGACCGUGAGGACAGACGCACGCCGAGAAGCAGAGACUAUGCUAGGAACUCCGACAACAAUGAUCAAGGCUUCAGACGGAACCCCGUGAACCACCUUCCUCAUGUACGCGCCGCCCCAGAGUCUGGUGACAGAGAUGCCGCCUUCGUAAUUCGCAAGACUAACAGGCUUCCUGGGNGUUAUCCUGCCGGGAUGAACAACAAUCCAAAAUAUGAUAUUCUAAACGUCCCUUUCACCGACAAACACCACUUCACUCGAGAGAACUGGAACAAUCUCAUGGCCGCUGUCAAGUUAGCCGAAGAUAAAUAUAUAUGGGCUCUGCCAACGCGCCCUUCUACCUUGCCCCGAUUCAACAAAGACGAGCCUGGAGCUGUUCUGAAAGUCAAACAACAAUUGAAGAAAACCUUCAAGCAGGAUUUUGCUGCUGUUGAACCAACUCUGGAGCAGCAAAGGAAGGAAUGGCUACGCGUGAUACAACAUGUUGGUGACGCUAUAAAGAAUGCAAAGUCAAACAACAUAUUUAUUCCCGGCAGGCGUUGGUUCGAAGAGAGCGAUCCCACAAGUGCUGUCAAAGCCUCCACCUACCCUAUACAACCACCAGUUUCCUCAACACAAGGUGCCACUUGGGAGAAGGAUCUCGAAGAAAUAUCUGUUCUGAACAAGGACAGGCGUUCAUGGCUCAUCCAGACUGUCGUCUCCAGGAACGCCGCUGCCAUUAUCAGCGGUCAGGAACUUCGUCAUAUGGAUCUCACAGCUUUGCCCGAGCCCCCAAAUCAGCCAAGCAGGCCGAGGNAAGGAGACGAAGAAGUGCAGAAGAGCACCGCUGGGGAAGCAAAAGAAAGAAGAAGGUUGGAAGAAGAAAGUCGGCUCGACGACGAUCAACUCUUCUCCCUCGUCAACAACAACAGAGAAAAGAACAACGACAGAAAGAACAAGUACAAAGAGAUCCAGGAGCCUAGGGACAGAAGAGACAGAGACAGCCGAUCAUCACCACAAUCAUCUCGCGACGACGCGGAUGCCUAUGUCUCUAUCCCAUACACGACAGCUGCCUCGGAGUUCCUGUACGGCUUCAACGUCGUCGUUGCAGCUCUCACGGCCAAGCGUCGUCAGAUGUACAACCUCUACAUCCACGAUCGCGCCAAGUCCGACCCUGCAACUAACAGAACCAUCAAGAACCUCUGUAGACAAGCCGGUGUGAAAUUCACCGAUGUCGAUGACUCCUUCCUCNCCAAGAUGGACAAAAUGGCCCAAGGCCGCCCUCACAAUGGCUUGAUCCUCGAAGCCUCAACCCUAUCAACUCUACCCACAAAAUCGCUAGGCAAGAUGGGAGUAACAGACAUGGCUAUCCCCAUCGACCUAGCCGACCAAANNAGCGCCGAAGAAAUAAAAGUAAACGGCAACCCCUCGAGCAUUCCCUUCCACUACACCCACACAUGGCGCAAACCCCUAGUUCUCCUCCUCGACGGCAUCCUAGACCCAGGAAAUCUCGGCAACAUCCUACGCACAGCACACUUCUACGGCGUCGACGCAGUCUCANUCUGCACAAACACCUGCGCACCCGUAAACCUGCCCAUUGUCCAAAAAGCAGCUUCGGGCGCCGCAGAAGCAUUAACCAUCCUCUCCAUCCCCACACCCGCAAACUUCAUCACCACAUGCAAGAAACACGGUUGGGCUAUCCAUGCUGCUGUAGCCCCUGACGCCACCUCUGCGAAGUCGGCAAAGGGCAAUUUGGUCACUUCAAAUAUGAUCUCGCCUUUAUCAAGGAGUCCUAGUAUCCUUAUGAUUGGCGCUGAAGGCGAAGGUCUUCGUGCCAAUCUUGCGACAAAAGCGGAUGCCAAUGUAGGUAUCAGGGGUUCUAAACCUGCUCGUCCUGAACUCGAUGUUGGGGUCGACAGUUUGAAUGUUGGAUCUAGUGUUGCUGUGUUACUAGAGGCUUUCUUCAGGAAACCUGAUAAUCUUGAGGAUAUACCUAAGGGUAUGGUGAGGGAAGGCAGUGUUGCUGGUAGAAUUGUAUAA